AUGUCACCACAAAGACUGGCCAUCAUUGCGGGCGUCGGCAGCGGCAACGGCGCUUCUGUCGCUCGUCGCUUUGCCAAAGAGUACAUCGUCGUACUCCUCGCUCGCAAGCCCGCAAGCUAUCAACCUGUCGAACGCGAAGUCAAUGAAAAUGGAGGCAAAGCAUUGGGUAUCAGCACCGAUCUUUCCGAUCCAGGAAGUGUACGAGCGGCUUUCUCUCAUAUCGAGGAAGCAUUUCCCAACAUUGCCGUGCAAGCUGCUGUGUUCAAUGCAUCUGGCAGGUUUGUGAGGAAACCAUUGCUUGAUAUCACAAUGGAAGAUCUGGAUGGAGGCUACAGUAUCAGCGUCAAAGGGGCCCUGCUUUUUGCACAGUCAGCUCUCCCACUUCUGCUGAAGCAUGCAGAAAGUAAUCCUGCGACGCCACCAAGCCUGUUUUUCACAGGAUCGACUGCUGCUGUCAAAGCAAAUCCUGGCUCUGCUGUCAUGUGUGUGCCCAGACAUGGUCUGCGUGCGCUUGCUAUCAGUGCAGCAAAGGAGUUCGGACCUAGAGGCAUUCAUGUAGUGCACGCCAUUGUCGACGGAGCUAUUGAUACGCCUUGGGGCAAGGAUAUUCAUAAGGAUAAGUCUCCAGAACAGACCAUCGACCCAGACGCCAUUGCGCAGACGUACUGGGAUCUACAUCUGCAGAGUCGGAGGUGUUUUACCAACGAGAUCGAUAUUCGUCCGAUGAUGGAGAAGUGGUGAUGUAAUGGAGCUUAUUGUAUUUGGAGGUCAAAGAUCGUGCGUCGAUGAAUACUGCUCAUGCCUUCAUUGUCACAACACAUCGGGCUUCAUGAAGAAGUCGACUUGAUCGAUGUGACGAUCUUGGCAAUUUGAGCAAGUGUGUCUUCUGGAUUCUUGACGAGAAUUGUAUCGAGACCGAGUUGCUUUGCAGGAUAGUCAUUGCCACCUGGAAAGAUGGCGUCUCCGAUAAAGACCAUUUUCUCGAGUGGGAUUCCACUUGCGUCGCGCAGCUUCUUGAGUCCAUAUCCCUUGUCGACACCCUUCUGCGUAAUGUCGAUGGAAGUUGCUCCACCCAUAUUGAUCGACAGCGUGGGCAAGCGCUUGUAUAAAUCUGCUUGGAUCACUUUCCGUUUGGCAAAGUCAGGAUCCCAUACUUCCUUGGCGCUAACAGGUGCUUGCUGGCCCAGAGCUGAAAAUGUGAUCUGGCUGCCGCGGUCUUCGAUUCUCUCACCCCAGGUCUGCUCUGGAACGAAGCCUGUAGCCGCCAGUGAGGCGUCGAAUGCUGUCAGAAUGGCCUGUUUCUCCUCUGCACUAAACAACUCUGCGUAGAUGGGUUGCCAUUCCGAGUGCUUGUACGUAUAGAGCUUGGUACCCGUAGUAGGCAUGAGCCACAACUUGGACAGGUCUGCAUGCUUUGGUAGGCGACUUGCGACCUGUUUCUGAAAUUGCGGCCAGUCGCCUCCAGAGAUUACUGCGACAUGUGCUACCGAGAGCAGGCUCGCUAGAGCGUCGCCCAUUGCAUCCUUGAGUGGCUGUUUACUUUCCGC